GUCUCUAGCUCCCAUCGACACCUUCCUUCCCCAGGCCAGUCACGUAGUUUAUUCCAACUGAAACAUGGACUCUUCACAACACAGUACUGCCCUCUGGUCCCUUAGCCUUUCUUUCUCUCAUUGAAACACCCCUGACCCCAUCUUCCAGCUCUUCUCUUGAUUCAUUGGCUCAUUCAGCACAUCUCUCCAGGACACAUCCUUGCAUCAGGUAAUAUGUUGAUCUUCUAGGUGUGCCAGUGAGCAGUGAUUGUGAUUUCCUAGAGGUAAUUGUGGUGGUGUGUUGUGUCCCCCAAUAUACUAUGUCUCCCAAUAAAGUUUACCUCAGUAUCAGAGAAAAACCCAGCUACUAUAUUAACAUAGAAGUCAGGCAAUGGUAGCACACACCUUUAAUUCUAUCACUUGGCAGGCAAGGAUCUGUCUGGAUCUCUGUGAGUUCAAGGCCACACUGGGGAACAGAGCCAGGCAUGGGGAUACAUGCUUUUAAUCCAAGCACUAAUCAUAGAGGUCUGGAGGUCUGUACAGACAGAUAGGAAGUGACAGAGCUUGGCAGGAAGAGGAAGAGAUGUAGCUGGGCUGAGAGAGCAAAUGAGAAAACAGAACAGAAAGGCAUAUAGGCAUGGUUAUACAGGAGCAGGUCUCUUUGGAAGCUGCGGAGUUGGUGAGGUGAGGUUAGCUGUGGCUUUCCCUAUUUCCCUGAUCUCUCAGGUUUUCACCCCUGUAUCUGGCUCCGUGUUUUUUAUUUAAUAAGACCAUUUAGAAAUUCAUCUAGGGGCUGGAGAGACAGCUCAGAGGUUAAGAGCACUGACUGCUCUUCCAGAGGAUCCGGGUUCAAUGCCCAGCACCCACAUGGCAGCUCACAACUGUCUGUAACUACAGUUCCAGGGGACCUGACACCCUUGCACAGGCAUAUACACAGGCAAAAGAUCAAUGCACAUAAAGAUAAGUAAAUAAUUAAAAAAAACAACAAAAACCAAAAACAAACAAACAAAUAGUCUACAGGUACUUAUAGUAAGUAGGUGGCCAGAAGACAGAGGUGGCCAGACCUCUGUGUAGCUAUGGUCCUUUCUGAGAUUCUGAACCAGGAGCUUCCAUCAAACCAGAGGCAAUCUGGAAGAUGACUUUUGAGUUGGAUUCUGCAGGAUAGAUUAGAAGUGAACACUGUAUGCCCUGAGAGAACAAGAAAAAGGAUCAAUCAGGACUGAAUGUGGAACAUACAAUCUGAUAGUUUGUUGAGUAGUACAAUGUUACAUUCUGAUGAACAUAGGUAAGUAUUUUGUCUUGUUAAGAGUGCAGGCUCAUCAAAUCCAUGUUUCCCCACAGGUGGGACACAAUCUCUUUGCACUGUCUCUUGUUCUUGCCUCAGAGCCUGGCCUGGAUACAUGACACCAGCCAGCUCCUGAGCUCGCUGACUUCUAUGUUGGUUGGUCCAGUAGGGUGUGCUGACUCCAGAUGUCCCAGGUGGGGAUAUGGAUGGGGGCAAACAAGGGGCAGCAGAGAGCCGUAAGAAUUGUUUUUUACGUAUGCUUGCUUUCUGGGGAAGGGGAGGUUAAAAAAAAAGUCUGCAGCAAUGCUAUCUGUUGUCUGUUUAUUUACACACACACACACACACACAUACACACACACCACACACUUCUUUUUCUGAUUCCUUCCCUAGGAGGUCAACUUGGGCCAGCUUUGUCCAAACACCAAGGUGUAGUGCUUUGCUCUGCAACUGUUCCUUCUAGCUAUGAUACCCUCUCUACUAUGAUCUGUCUGACUUUUUAACUAAAGUUAGUUGCUCGGAGGCAGCUACCCCAGGAGUCCCGUGAUAGACUUGGGCGCUGUCACCGCUGCUUCUCAGUAAGCAAAUCUUGGGUUGCUAAAGUGUCCUUGAAUUAUCUGUAUUUGAAUGCGGGUGUCUGACUCCUGUUGAGACCCUGUAGGGAUAGGAUAGCCUUCCUCCUCUGAAACAACAUUGUCAUCUAAGCUGCCACUGCAGUGGUGACAAGCUACCUGUGGGUACCGAGCAUCUGAAAUGUGGCUCCAAUUAAGGUGUGUAAGAAGAGAAAAAUACAGACUACCUCCAAAAACUUGGAUUAAAAUAAAAAGAAGAAGAAAGAAGGGUUGCUAGUUCAUUUCCUGCUGCCCAAACAGUCCCACAAACUGGGCCAAUAGAUGUUUAUUCAGCUUACGAUUCUGGAUGCUGGGAAGUCUGGGGGUUUGGGGCCACAUCAGUAAUCCUCAGAGGGAUACACAGGUACAAAAUCACCUCAUGAUGAGCUACAGGUGAACUUGGAGCCCAGCACUUUCUAGAUGAGAAAACAGAUGUUCUGGUGACUGUGCGACUCUUUGCUUUUAGAACAAUUUUAAACGGCCUCUGUUUUUGUUGUCUUCCUUCUCCAAACCAGACUGAAACACACUGAGGAAAGUUUCAAAAUAUAUUAAACCUUAAGUCAGUAUUAAACUUCAAAGUGGUUUGUCAAUAUCCAAUUUUCAGACAUAAUAGGACAUGGAAACUUGGCAGGGUAUGCUGCUCAUCCUGGGCAAAGGCCAGCGUUUUCCGGCCCUUGAAUCUAACCAGCUCUUCAUUGGUUGUAGAAUCAACUGUGAUUGGUAGUUUAUGAACACAAGACUAUACCCAUCAGUGAGUUCUUAGCCAGCAGGCCAGACACGAUCCACUUCUAUCCAAGCAAACAUAGAAUCGGUAGGACCCUGGGGAGGCUAAAAGACAACCCCCUAACUUCUACUUCCUGGUCAAAUAGGGUACAGUCAGGAGGAGGAGAGAAAAUCUGAAUGUCAAGGCUGGGCAGCCAGGAUUCCAAAGUGAGGUGUCUGCUGAGCCCCUGUUAGCAUGCCAGUUGGGGGUGGGGGUGGGGCAGGAAAAUGUCUACCUCACACAGGGAUUGGGAUAAAGUGACCAGGGCACAGCCCCCACUGCCAGCCUUUUUUGAGGAGACAGUCAGAAAUAAGGAAACAAUAAAAUUAGAACAAAAACGAAAUAUCUGGGGGCUAAAGAGAUGGCUCAGCAGUGAAGAGCCCUGGCUGCUCUUCUAGAGGACCUGGGUGAGAUUCCCAGCACCCACAUCUAGGUUCACAACUGUAAGUAACUCCAGUUCAAAGAGAUCCACCACCACCCCAGCUGGCACCAGGCACCCAGGUGGUACAUAGACACACAUGCAGGCUAAACAGCCAUACACAUAAAACAAAAAUAAAUGAAUAAAAUUGAAAAACAAAACCCCCACGAAGUGACCUCAGAGAAAACAAUCAAAUCUAUUCUACUGUAGAUACUGCUGGCCAUUUCCCCAGAAGCCAGCAACAGGCAGAUUUUUGCCCCUUUGUGACCUGCUCUGGGGCCACAGGAAGGACAUCUAGGGUCAGGGGAAGUAACAGGAAGAGGAAACGACUGUUUAUGAAAGGACUCUUGACCCCAGAACAGUGCAAACACAUCCUCACAUACCACAUGGCUGCAUGGCGCGCACACACGCAAAGUAUUGAACUUUGACGCGCACACACGCAAAGUAUUGAAUUUUACCAACGACUUGGCUAUAUGGGUUUGGAAUCGGACCCACGUUUUCUAAAACCUUAAUUUCUACUUUUGAUUUAUUUAUUGAUCUACUUCCUAAGGGGUUCCUUACUAGGUCCUGCGUGACAUGACUCUUAAUCCUUUUAAGCAAGUCCAAGGGAAAAAGCAAGAGAAGAUUUGUCAAGAGCCCUCUCCGUGGAUAGAGAAGUAGGAGUCAAAUCUACCCUCAAGAAUUCUCUUUGCCCAGACAAAUCGGGGUGUGGCCUGCCUUGGCCGCCAGGAACUCCUGAAAACAAAACUUCAGAAGUCUCUGGGAUGAAAAGGAGGGGAUGGGAAGGGUGGGUUGGAGAAGGGUAGGGACGCCGCUGCCCGAAGCUGGGGCAAGAGGAAGCAGGGGACUGGGAUCUGGGGAGUGUCAAGGCCACGAAGGGCUAAACUGAGCUGGAAAGGCUUAGGAACCCCUAAUCCGAUGAGGGGCUGACGGGGUAGGCAAUCAAGUACAGGCCCUAGCUGUCAGUCUGACAGCGGCCCAGAGACCUGGGGGUGGGGUGACUGUAGGGAAGGGGCGUCAUCUCUGUCGCCACCACCCUCUCCAGUGUGUUGGGCUGUGCCUGGCCACCGUUUUUGGUUUUUUUUCUUAUUUCGGUCCCACCCCUCUGGCCCCUCUAGCCCGGCCCCUGCGCCUCUGCUCGGCACCCCGGCGCGGAUCCCUGGGUUGGUCUGGCCUGGGCCGUUGACGUCACCACCAAGUUUGCUGUCCUUCGCGUCCCACGUGUGGCGGUAGCGGCCAAGGAGGCUGCGGGGAGCGUCUCGGAGCACAGUGGCAGCGACCGAUGACAGGUCCCGAGCAGAGGGUCCACUCCAGGCGGCUCCCAGCUGGGGCCCCAGAGGAGUGGGUAGACUUCCGGAGCGCCCCAAGAGGCCAGAAGGCUCGAGUUCCACUCAGACAGAGGGGCUAAGGGGGACCUUGCUCUGUGCUGAGACGAUUUGAGCCAGGACUCCGAGCGCGCUCCUGGGAGGGCCAGGACAGCAGAGCAGCCAGCGGCUGGGAAAAGGGUCACUCGCUUUGUCCGGAGCGCACACAGCUCUGCGGUCCGGGAGCCCCGCGUCCCCUCCACAGGAACCCAGCCAAGGAUGCACGGUCGCUGAGCCCAGAUCCUCACCGAGUGGCUGCUCAGGACCCGGCUGAGCCCAGCGCCUUCGCCACCACCGCCGCAGAGACUGCCUUGUCCGGCGACUCUUGGGGGCCCGGGGCGCCGAGCUCUGCCCAGCUAGGCUCAGGACGGACUCGGGAGCACUUCAGACUCGAGACGAUGGUUUCUUAAGCACGGCCCCGAACCCCUUCCUGUCCCUUCGUCCGGAGCCCGGGACCCCGAGAAGGUCCUGGCUUCUGGUCCCUGCUCCAGCUCUGGCAGCCUCCCCGCGGGGCAGCUCUCCUGCACGCAGGGGCGCUCGGGCGAUGUGGCCGCAGGGCAGGGCGCGGGAUGGCAGGGCUCCCUGAGCAGUCCCGGCCUAGCAUGGCCCGAGCGUCGCCAGUCGCCUCCGGCUAGGAUGGCCCCCUCGGGCCCCGCCGGCGCCCAGCCCAGCCCGGCUGAGCCACUGUCGCGCAGCAUCUUCAGGAAGUUCUUGCUGAUGCUCUGCUCGCUACUCACUUCCCUCUACGUCUUCUACUGCCUGGCUGAGCGCUGCCAGCCCGGGUCAGGCCCCGUCGCGGGGGUCCCGGGGCGCGGCGUCCCUGCAGGACCGAGGGAGCUGGCGGCGUGGCCCGCGGGGGCGCAAAGGAAGCGCCUCCUGCAGCUGCGGCAGCGGCGGAGGCGCGGGCGGCCCGGGCCAGGCGACAGCGGCGACCAGGACGAGCAGAACCCCGGGCUGGCCGCGGCUCCAGGAGGCUCCGGGGCGGGAAGCAGCGUGGUGGAGGCCCAGUCGGGGACCCUGGCCCUUCUCUUGGACGAGGGCAGCAAGCAGCUGCCGCAGGCCAUCAUCAUCGGCGUGAAGAAGGGCGGCACGAGGGCGCUGCUGGAGUUCCUGCGCGUGCACCCCGACGUGCGCGCCGUGGGCGCCGAGCCCCACUUCUUCGACCGCAGCUACCACAAGGGCCUCGCCUGGUACCGGGACCUGAUGCCCAGAACCCUGGAGGGACAGAUUACCAUGGAGAAGACGCCCAGCUACUUUGUGACCCGGGAGGCACCCGCGCGCAUCUCGGCCAUGUCCAAGGACACCAAGCUCAUCGUGGUGGUGCGCGACCCGGUGACCAGGGCCAUCUCGGACUACACGCAGACGCUGUCCAAGCGGCCGGACAUCCCCAGCUUCGAGAGCCUGACUUUCCGCAACCGCAGCGCGGGCCUCAUCGACACGUCCUGGAGCGCCAUCCAGAUCGGCCUGUACGCCAAGCACCUGGAGCCCUGGCUGCGCCACUUCCCGCUCGGCCAGAUGCUCUUCGUGAGCGGGGAGCGGCUGGUCAGCGACCCGGCUGGGGAGCUGCGCCGCGUGCAGGAUUUCCUGGGCCUCAAGCGCAUCAUCACCGACAAGCACUUCUACUUCAACCAGACCAAGGGCUUCCCGUGCCUCAAGAAGGCGGAGGGCAGCGGCAAGCCGCACUGCCUGGGCAAGACCAAGGGUCGCGCGCACCCCGCCAUCGCGCGCGAGGUGCUGCGGCAGCUGCGUGACUUUUACCGGCCCUUCAACCGCAAGUUCUACCAGAUGACCGGCCGCGACUUCGGCUGGGAUGGAUAGCAGAUAUAAUUUAAAAAGAAAAAAAAAUAUCAAAAUAUAAUAUAUUUUUUUACCAUUCGGUAGAGGAAAGACAUUUUAAUAUUUGUGUGUUAAGUUUGUGUUGCAGUAGUUUUUUUUUCUCCUGUCCCCAUGGAUAACCUGCAUCAAACUUGCGCAUGGCAGAAAAGGAGAUUUCAUGUAUCUAAGCCCCUCCCAUCUUCAGUUUGUUUAUGUUCUGAACACUCACUCAUUCGCAAAGGAUAAGCACCGAUCCCCACUAAACCUUUUAAGAAAAUCCCCAGGGUAAACCUCCCUUCUGUUAGGUACAGAAACCUGACAGAAUUGAGACCUGGCUUUCCAUUUCUCUCUCUUUCUCCUGUGCCACUUUUUCUCAUAAGUCAUUUCUCAGUUAAUGACACUCUGUGUAUGCACAGGGCAGUUUUCAAUUGUAGCUUUGAUCCUUACACUACUGUGGCAAGCUUGUGGUGCAUUUAUAGAGAUCACCAUUUUCUAUUUUAGAGGUAAGGGAAACAGUCUCAGGGAGGUUGAAUGACUUAUCUUAAAGCCAGCCGGAUGGUGGAUCCUGUCUGCCACUUUUUCUCUAUUUUAUGACUGGGGUAGGGGGUGGGGUUGAGACACCUGGGGCUUUAGAAGCUCUGGGGUGACCCCAAAAGGGCAGAGAGGGUUUGUUACUGCCAUCUGAGUUCCAGGCUGCCCUAUGGAACACACAGCCUCAUUACAUAGCUGUAUUCAUGGAAGUCACUGAGAUGGGGACACAAGCCCUCUGGGGAGCCCCUCUUGCCUCUUGGCUGAUCAAAGCAUGCUGAGACAAGGAAAUCUGACCCAUGGGUGGUCAUCUGAGUUCCAGAGAAAUCACCGAAUUCUUCUAUUGAGGGAAGAGGGGCAGAAACAACUAGGAGGGUAGCAGAGUGCCACUCUCCUUGUUUUUGAAAGAAAAUCUCCCUGUCUUUGUAGUAUCUCAUCUCCGACCUCGGUUAAGAAGCCUUUCUGGCUUCCCCCAGUUUUCACAGACUGAGACCUGUCACUCAGUCACUUUACCCGCCUCCUCAUUUCCUACUCACAUGGGUUAUAACCUAAUGCUCAUUCAUGAUUGGAAAACAUUCUAAGAAACACAGUUGCGGACGCGACCCCACCCCUUCUUGCCCACCCCCUGUCUAAAUGGCUCAAAUGAAUCAAUAGUGUAUUGAGAGGACUCCUUGCUCUCUGAGUGGGUAUUAACGAGAUUAGCAUUAAUGGGAAUUAAAUUGCUUUAGCGAGGAGCACAUACACACUGAACAUAUAAAGCAUUCAUAAUUACUCCGUCAGCAGCAUCCUAUUACAGGUUUAAGAUCAAGAAGAAAAUACCUGCUGUUCUAUCAAUAUUUCAUCUACUAAAAUUUAAAGGGCCGGAUACUCUAGUCUACGAAAGCAAUAGUCUGCUCUUCUCUGCUGUCAAUCAAGAGAAGCUAAGUUGUUUUACAAUACGCUGGGUGACUGUAAGUUUGUCAUAGUGCCCCAUCAGGGAUGUCCAUGUCUCUUAAGAAAAGGAAUAUGGGGUUGAAAGGAAGUGAGGACGUUCUUUUAACUUUCUACGUGUUUUGUCAUCUUCAGGUUCAUUUGUUAAUGUCCCGUUUAUGGGAUGUAAGCCCCAAACUCAGGUCACUUUUUCCGCUUGGUCUCCUUCACUUCAGUGCCCUCAGCCUUCAGUGGCACAGUCUAUUUUCAGUGGACGUGCGUCCUCACCAGCAGCCACAAGAGACUCAUGUUAAGCUCUGCUCAUCUUUGAAUUUGUUAUGUUUGUGCUUCUGAAUCUUUUGUAUUCCUCUCCCUGCCUGCCAUUAUGCAAAAGCGGCUUGCACAAAACCAGAAUUGUAUCUAACAGCUGCACUCAGUAACCUUCCUCUUUUCCCAGGGAAGGGAUAAUAAAAGAACAAAAUCUGAGUGUGAAGGAUCUCUGGCUUGUAGCUGGUUUUGUUCGGAUAAUUUAAGAUAGGAAUCAAUGAAAAAAGAGUCGUCCAGGCAAACUUUCAAACUUGUGAGUGUCCCUAAAGGUGUCUGAAGUUUUGAAUCUUGGGCUAAUGGAUGAUGAACAAGACUGGGGUUCUCUCAGUUUCACUGAAGACAUGGGGCAGAAUGCUUCUGCCUUCAGUGGAGAGCGCACUCCUGCUGUGAAUGGAAUUGGCUCCCAUUUAUGCUGUCCAUUUAGCUACACCAAACAAUAGGCUUUGAUCUCAGGUGGAACAGGAGGGCCCUCCUUCCUUAAGCUGUCUUCUGUGAAGCCAUGUUCACCACCCCUGUGCUUUUCUUUGGGCUGGGACAUUAUCAGGGACAGCAGCUUCAGGAUGAACCCUUAGCUUCUGGACCAUGGGUACAGCAUCUGAGAGUAUCACUCAGCACCUGAGAUCCAUUGAUCUUAUUCCA